AUGAAGUUUAACUUAUUGGACAGUAAACCCCGAUAUACACCUUUGGAUCCCGGAAUGAAAUUAGUGAAAGGUAAUAAUAGUAAAGGAGAACGCAUAGAUUCAACGAAGUAUCAGUCGUUGAUAGGAGCACUUCUCUACAUUGCGGUAUCAACCCGUCCUGACAUAAUGUACUCUGUAUGUAUACUCUCACAGUUCAACGUAGAACCGUAUACCGAGCACUUUGUAGCAGCCAAGCAUCUCUUGAGAUACCUAAUGACGACCAUCAAUCCCAAGCUUACUUAUGGAAGUGCACCAACCAAACUUACUGGAUACGUAGAUGCAGAUUGGGCUUGUAAUAUUGAUGACCGUCGAUCGAAUACUGGCUUUGUUUUUCUGAUGGUAGGUGGAGCAGUAUCAUGGGAAUCGAAGAAACAAACUUCUGUCGCUUUGAGCAGCACAGAAGCGGAAUAUAUGGCUCUUUCGCAGGCGUCUAAAGAAGCAUCGUAUCUUCUGAAUUUGUUAAAUGAAUUCAAAUAUGCAAAGGUAUCAUUUAAAUCUAUUUAA